GGACUCAAAAGAAUCUAAAAAGAAGCCUUGCGUUGAUUAUUUUAAACCGGAAUCAUAUAUAAAUUAUUUUUCCGAAAAAGUUAAUGUUACCUUGACUGGUACUAGUGAAAAAUACGUUGUGUACAAGAAAGGAGAUGAAGGGCCCGUUCUCUUGUUACUUCAUGGAGCUGGUUACUCCGGUUUAACGUGGGCAACCUUCUCCAAACAAAUUUCACUCUAUUGCAAAACACAAAUUUUAGCACCGGAUUUUAGGGGCCACGGUGAAACGCGUACGUGCGACGACCAUGAUUUAAGCCGAGAUCGACUUUGUGAAGACAUUAUUAAAUUAAUGGGAACGUUGUUUGAAACUGAAAGCAUGCCUCCUUUAGUACUUGUUGGCCACAGUAUGGGUGGUGCCAUCGCUGUGCAUCUCGCUGAAAGCGGCGCUUUUUCUUCUCUUUUAGCGGUGGUCAUUAUUGACGCUAUUGAAGGCACUGCCAUGUUGGCUUUGCCGGCGAUGAAGAACAUCUUACGCUCCCGCCCACCUGGUUUUUCUUCUCUUGAAAAUGCCAUCAAGUGGAGUGUAAUUUCAGGGCAGAUCCGAAACUUAGAAUCUGCACGAGUUUCAGUUCCUGGACAAAUUUGCUUAAACUCACAAAUUCCACAUCAUCAAAAAAUUUCCAUUGUAGACACCAGCGAAGACAUCAUUAAAGAAGAGGAAGAAGAAACUUCUCAAACUCAAAGUUUAGUUAAUUUUCUAUACACUUGGAGAGCAGAUUUGGCCCGCUCGGAAAAGUUUUGGCCCGGAUGGUUUCACGGCAUUACCGCAAAAUUUUUAAGUACAAGUGCGAUGAAACUAUUGAUCGUCACAGGAUUAGACAAACUUGACACUGAGUUGACCAUCGCACAGAUGCAAGGAAAAUUUCAAGUAGGCAUCGUCCCUUUUGCGGGGCACAACGUUCAUGAGGACGCACCAGAAAAAGUAGCUGAAAUCAUAGCAGAUUUCUUAAAACGCUUCAAAAUCUGCAGCAGGUUGAAUAAAAGUUGUAGAUGGCCUUCCUAGUAU